GGCAACAAUCCGCCAUGUUUCUCUCGAAAGUCGAAGAGAGACACGAAUUCGCUUAACAGACAUGUUUUUGCAUCGUAAAUCUUUGAUUACGCACAAAUUUUCGGGCAAAUUCCUCAAUUACUCACCACCGGCACAAUGUUUGACUUUUUCAGCGACUUCUGAAGGCUGUUUGUAGCGUUUCUUGGAGCCUCCGGCCAUCGUAGAUCUUUGAAAGUCAUGGAGAAAGUGGAGGUGAUUGAGGUCAUGAAAGUGACUGAGGAAGUGGAGAGCUGCUACAGCCAAAUGGAGCUGACAACCCUCAAAAAAAGAAAAAACAAAGGUCAAGAAGACACUUCUGACAAACCAAAAAAGCCCAGGACUGCCUAUCUGCUCUACUACUUUGAUGUUCACCAAAUUAUGCAACAGGAAAUACCAAAUCUGCCACAGUCAGAGAUCAACAAACGCAUCAGUGAGAGCUGGAAAAGGCUCAGCGUAGCCGAAAAGGCAUACUAUCUUGAAAAGGCCAAGUCCGAGAAAGAGGGCAUAGACACAAUGUCUCUCAGCCCCUCCAAAGAUCUCCCAGGCUUUCGCAAAAUCCUCCCCAGAGCCAGUUACUUUCUCUUAGCCAAAGGGUGCUCUUCCAGUCAACAGCCUGGAGGGUCUCAGCCAGAGGUGAACAUGGACUCUCUGGACUCUCCUCUGGACGGGAUCUUGCCCUUUACCUCUAAUAACCAGGAGCCCCAGUUCACAGCUCUCGGGCUGACUGAAGAGGAUGAACCUUCCAAUCACACGAUUGUUGCAGAUGACAAAGAAGAGGACACGGCCGUUGUUACUAAUCCAACAGCUCCUCAACAAAUCCCGUCCUCCUCAUCCUCUCCUAUCUCAUCCAAAGCACCUGUCUCGCAGGGUGCUGCUGGCUGUGGUUUUGGUGGGGCGAUGGUGCAGCAGAUACAGGGGGAAUCUACACAAAUGGUUGCAUUCAUACCCAACCAGAAAAUGCUGGACCCUAAGUCUUUGGCAACUGUUGGCCCCAUGAUGAUGGUCUCUGUUGGAGCCAGCAUAGAAAAGAGUGCCAAACCUUCAUAUAAAAUGGGUGUGAAGACUUACACCAGGCGAGGUCGAGGGAGGUGUCUAAAUCCUGGGUGUUCAUUUGUGUAUGUCACACGCCACAAGCCACCAACAUGCCCUGAAUGUGGCAGCCACCUUGGCGGAAAAUGGAUACCAGCUCAGGCUAAGAAGACACAAGAGAAAGAAGCUGUGUCAAAGCUGUUGACACAGAAAGCUGACGGCUGCAACCCCACACCUCAGGCUGCUAAGAUGGGGAAUUCAGAUGUCAGUAAAAAAAACAACACUGGGAGUAAAAGAGAAGGUCGAGUUCAGCGCUGCUCCAGAAAGCAGCAUGCGGGUUCAGCCGGAGAGCCACUAGAGGGCAGCAGCACCAAGGGCCAGGAACAAACUAAUAGAGAACUGAAAGACCAUAUUAAAGGAACAGUAAUCCAAAGUCAAGAUAGAAGCGACACCGCUGUUCAGAAGAGGCCGGUCAGACCGAUCCUCCCCGCCUAUAACACAGGCCGCACUUUGUUCCAGAUCAUAACCGUCCCACCUGAUAAAGGAAAACUUCUCAGUACAAACAACAAUAAAUCACCUACUGUGUCUCGAGAGACUUUCUCAGGGCUCAAACCAAACACUUUAAAGCAGCUCGGCCAGACUGUCCCAUCAACUGCAGCCAAGCAGGAAUCUUCUAUCCCACUAGAUGGUGGCCAAUCUGUGUCUUUAUUGGCAGAUAAGAGAGUUAAUAUCCUCUCAGUCGUGCCAUUUAAACAACACACCAUCUCCAGCUUUGACCUGGGACUGUCUACAGCUCGAGGAAGAGGUCGAUGUAAGAAUCCUACUUGUGAUUAUAUGUAUAAGAACAGACACAAACCUGCAGUGUGUCCUAAAUGUGGCUGUGAGCUCACCCAGAAGAACACCAAAGGAAAAAAGUGUGGGACCUUGCUCGAUCCAUACCAGCCCCUGAGUCCUUCUCAGAAGGACAUCCAGCGCCAAAAUACGGUGCAGUUACUGCAGCGUUCCCUGCAGAUCCCAGAGAACGAGACAGAGCUUCAAGAAACUAUGAAUCUCAUCCAGGAGCUUAAUAGUCUCCAGAUAGUCUUGGUCCAACCAGACAACCAGGAGCUGGGAAGCAGUGUAGAGACGGAGACGCUGGUGGAGUCUGGUUGGCCUCAGUUCUAUGAAUCAGCAGCUACUCACUGUGGCCUGUGUAGCUACCCACUCUUCAAAGGAGAUCAGAGUUCUGUUGCAGGACAAGAGGUCUGCUGGCUGCUUACUGAGACUCUGUUCCAGACAGCCAGCCUCCAGCUCAAGGUGUGUCUCAACGUUAUGUGUCUGGUUCUUCACAGCUUCACUGACCUGCAUCCAGGUUUGUUCAACAUUGGGAACAGACUGCUGGUUAGUAUCGAUCUGUUCUUAAAGAUCAGGGCGAGUGUCAAAUUGGGCAAACCCCCGCCUGAGGCAGCUAGGACCUUACUAGACCACAACCCAAAUCAUCCGGUCCACACUCUGAGUGCAGAGGAGUUUUCACAAAUUCAGGAGCUUCUCCUGAGUGGAUACUGGGCCUUUGAGUGUCUGACAGUGCGGGAUUACAACGAUAUGAUCUGCGGCGUUUGUGGUGUUGCUCCCAAACUUGAGAUUGCUAAGCGAUACACAAACAACGUUCUGGAGCUGAAGAAUGUGGAGUUCACCUGGCCUGAGUAUUCAGUCUCAGAUGAGGUGCACGUGGAUGACUUCUGGCUGACCAUGGAAUGCGAGGCCAUUGAGCAGGCAGCUUUUCCUGCUGACAUCCCCAUCACACGUGUAGAUGCUUCUAUCAUUGCUCCAUUCAUUCCCCCCCUGAUGAGAAGUGCUACUGUUAUCAACACAGAAAAGGACAAGGUGAAGGCACCUGCACAGCAGCCAUCAGGGGAUCCAUCAGCUCUGGUGCGUCUCAUUCAUGAUGGUCACUUGAGCCUCGACAAGAUCGAAGAUCACAGUGAGGACGAGCUGAGAACAAUGCUGGACUGCUGCAGGGCCAGCAUAGCCCCGAGCUCCUCCAAGAAUGAGCUGCUUGCCUCCCUCAUCUCCUUGUACACACUUGUUCACAGUGGCCUCCCAACAGCCUCACAGCCCCCGCCUCACCUCACCGCAGGCAAGCUGUCUAAGGUCUGCCCCCACAAGGUGGUGUGCGGCUCUAAGUACUUAGUGAGAGGAGAGUCAGCCCGAGACCACGUAGACCUGCUACUAUCCUCUCGCUACUGGCCCCCUGUGUAUGUGAGUGACUGUGCGCGUCAGGUGGCACUCUGUGCUGACAUGCAGUACCCAGAACUGGCAACCCAGAUGUGGGGUAGGAACCAAGGCUGCUUCUCCGACCCUUUUGAAAAGCCAGAGUUUGUCUCCUGUGCUGAGCUACAAGAACAGUCGUACAGCCCUGACCUGUCGUUGGUGGCAGAGAACCAGAACGUCCACCCUAUCACCAAAUCAUCAUGCAGCUGGUUGGUUCACCCUCCUGGAGCAGCUGAGGAGACUGAAAAGCACCACUCUAUGGUCCUCUGCAGAGAUCUGGAGCCCUACAUCAGCAUGGUGCAUGAGCUGGAGAAAGAGGAGGAGGAUGGAGCAGAAAGUAAAGAAGAGAAAGACAUGAAAGAGAAUGACUACGAGGAGAAAACAGAGGCGUGUUCCUCGUUAAGCAAUGAAUGGCAGCAGCCCGUGGUUUUCAACAACACAGCUUACUACUACCUUUACAACCGCCUGGUGGAUUUCCUCACCAGCAGGGACAUUGUGAGUCAGCAGAUCAACCAGGUGGUGAAGGCCUGUCAACCUGGGGAGGUGGUGAUCAGGGACGCUCUGUACCGACUGGGAGUGGCACAGAUCAACACAGAAAAGGAGGAGGAUGAAGGAAGUGGGAUGGAUGGACAGACACAACAGGCAGGGACAGAGAUAUGUGAGGGCGUGCUUCCUGAAUAAAAAAAAGUUAUUCGCUACCUCCUCCUGGAAAUGCCCUGGGAAGCUUUGGUUCCUUGUAGAGCUCUGCACCAGUCAAACAGUCCCACCAUCCGUUUGACCCACACCAAGAUGAUUCUGAAUUAGGCCUGCUCUAAUACACACACAAACUAGUCAGCAGUGUCAUUUGCCACCAGAUAUUAUAACAAAGAAUAAUUACACAGAUCAUUGUCAAAAACAGAUGCACAAAAUAAUAUAGUCACAAGUUACUAGCAAAUUUAGUAAAUCAACAUUUAUAUGGUUUUAAAGGGAAUUGGAGAUGAGUCUGGUUGAUGAAGUUGCACCCAAAACAAACGUAUGAGUUAUUGAAAGACUUGAUACAGACCCCUUUUUGGCCUUGAAACAUACUUUUCUUCCUCCAUGAACAUCAGAUCAUGACCUAAAGAUUGUUAAAUAAUUAUCUUGAAUAUCUCAGUUACUGUUUCAAAUGACUGAACGAAUGUAACACGCUUGUUGUUUUACCUAUAAGGUCCUAAGAGAUAAGGAUAUGAAAGUGCAUGAUUCCUCAAAUCUACUUCAGUUCUCUUCUACGACUCUUACAUUGUUAAUAGUAUUUUAAGAUCUCAUCUAGGUAUUAGCCUUAAUGUAAAUAUUUACCCAUGAUACAGUAUUCAUUUCCCUGAUAUGUCCACAGACAUUUCUGCUUUGUGUUUUACAUUCUCACCUCUCACCUGCCAGUUGUUGCCUUUCAGACUGAUGUUGUAUCUGCUCAUUACCCUUGGGCCCUUUGCCUUAUUGCAUCAUGUUUUCUUCUCAAUAGAGAUUCAAUAGAACUCAUGAGAGGUCUGCUUUUGCAAUUAAACUGUAGAUAUUCAAAUGAAUGAAGUGCAUCAACCUAACUCGUAUAUACUACAGCUAAGCUACUAGAACUAAUAAUAUACUAUUUAGAUGAAGAUUAAGACUGAUGAAACUCUGAGGAAGUCCAGGCAAACUUGAAAAUGAUGAAAACAAUAAACUGUUGAUCAAAAGACAUGCCAGAUGUGUUCUUUAGAUAAGGCAAGGCGAGGUAAGUAUAUUUAUAAAGCACCGUUCAACUUAUUUUAUAGAAGUGCAACUGAGCACAGAAUAAUGUUUUAUAUUAAAACCAAGAAAAAAAGUGUAUUGUUGUGUAUUGAGGAACAUUAACACACAGUGUAGGAAUGUGAUUGAUCUGUUCCUAUUAAGAUCUUUAAACACUAAAAGGCAUCGUCUUUGCAAAGAAGGUCAGAGAUAGUUCUGUCUCUGAUACACAAUUUUAACACAGAGCUCCCGAAGAUAAAAGUAGAAUAGGCAGAGGAGGAUUAGGAUUCAUCAAAGUCAUUACCAUGGUACUUUCUGGUGGUGAACAAAACACUAGACUGUUUGCAAAAUGUACCUCAGAGUCUGGCACCUCACAAAGUCACAACGAAAGUCAUUUUUGAAAAGAAAAGGAGAUACAAUUUAAGCUGAAACCACAAAAAGAAGACAGAGCAUGCAGACUGAAAGUAGUCUCAGUGAACGGACAAAUACUUCCCUACUUAGAGUUGUGCAAUGUUGACAUUUACUGUGGGAAAUGUUCCAAAGGAAAUGCAGAUUGGACAUUGUCCAAUGGAAAACAGGAAGUGAGCAGAGAAGAACUUGCCUGCAGGACAGUUUCUAUCAGCACGGUGAACUUCCACAAACCUUGUUGAGAAGCUCCUCUCACCAAAUCACAGUGUAGUAUGAACAUUACAUGUCUUGAGCUCCAGUGGCAAACCUUCACCUUCAGCUUUUAAGUCAUUUUAUUGGCAGCUUUUUUUCAUGAAUUGACUUAUUUGCACACAAAACACGACUGAUACAUGAAAUAUUGAUGCAAUACUAAACUCUACAACAUAUAUGCGAAAAUAAAGGUAAUUCUGGAUUUACAUCACGAGAUAUGUACAUUAUUAGA